AAAACAUGACUGAGUGCCCACCUGUUAUCAGUCUCCGCCCGCUGCUCGAUUCAGAGCUAGAAGAAGAAGCUGCGAUUACAACAGUUGAGCAGAUCGAGUCGUCGCUCAAGAGGUUUGGGUGCGUUUGCUUGCCCGUGAGCGACCUUGAUGGAAUAGACGAGGAUGGUGAUUCGCUAUUGCGACGUUGCUACAGCACGGCGGAGCGUUUCUUCUCUCUGCCCGAGGACACAGGAGAGGCCGGUGGCAUCAUGAGCAUGCAAGUGUUCAUUGUCAGCAAAUCUGAACGGCGGUCCAGGAAUUGGUACCGUGUCGGAACUGCCUUCGACCUCUCUUUGACAUUCCUGGAAUGGGCGCACGCGCGGCCUCGCAAAAACCAGGAGUCCAAGGCAGCCUACACUGAAGAAGCCGCCUCAAGACAAGGGUACGGUGGUUCAUGCUACACUCCUCUGGGUAAGGAACCGGCGUAUCAGGAAGGCGAGAAGCAGCACGUGGAAAGCUUCAGCUGCACACGGCCGCUAGCCCACGCUUCGUGCAACCAUCUGCCCCGUGGACCGGAGUUACACAAGUCCCUGUUUCCUGACUCUCAAGUCCCAGGCUUCGGUGCCGCGUACUCAUCUUUGUGGGCGAUUCUUCGGCAUAGAGUUUCUCUCCCGAUGAUGCGCGCGCUGGAGCACAUGCUCUGUCUUCCUAGCGGUUUUUUGUUGCUCAAAAGUGCAGAGACCGACAGUCUCAACAUGUCGCUUCUCAGGACCCUCCGUUAUCCUGCUUGCGACGUCCAGCACACCAGUCCAGCUCGGCCGGCCGAAAACAAACCGAAGCGACGUCGCAGCGAAAGGAAUCGGGUGACCACACCCGUAGACGUGGGCAUCUCGGAGCACACCGAUUUUGAAGUCUUCACAAUCAUGCACCAGGAAACGGCGGGACUUCACCUCCACACUCCGUCAAGAGGGCCUUCACCCCGGUGGUACAAAUUGCCGUUCCGACACGAUACCCUCACCGUCAUUCUUGGGGAUAUGAUGGAACUCUGGACUUCGGGCUGGUUAGAGGCAACACGGCAUAAGGUGGUCUCACCGGCUUGUGGGCAAGGGGCUCGAAGGUCCUUCGUCCUAUUUCAGGCCCACGACGACCUUGUCAGGAUACACCCCCUUGGGGCAACCCAUUUAGCGACCCGCACGUCCGAGCCUGACCGGAGAACCGGGGACGCCCCAGACACGCCCAAGAAUAUGGAAAGUUGUGGAGGAAAGGAAGGCAGCGAGCAGAGUUUGCCGAUAGGUUCUUUCGCAGGGUGGGUUCGGAAUCGCCCCAAGAGUGCUCUGAGAAAGUAUCGCCCUACUACUCAAGGCGCCUGGGUCCGCAGGCAAGAGUUUCGCGCGAAGUCAACUCUUGACAGAUCUUAAGUUUGCGACAGGCGGUGCCAUCUGUCUCCCUUGUGUAUGCAUUACGCAUGGCAGUUCUUCUCUCGAUGUGUGCCAACCCUGAGGUCGCGAAAGGAGAACUCCACGCAGAGCAACUUCCCCCAAGUAUCAUUGCGCGCCUGUAGCUUCAAGGCCUGAGAGGAAGUCGGCCAUUAGAAAAUGAGGCGGCGAUUUAGGAGGUUUUCGUGAGACUGGAUUUUGUUCGCCCACCCGCCAGACUCUGUCUUGGGCGCCGGGAAUAUACUGUAUGUACUUCG